AUGGGCCGUACCAACGUGAGGGUUGGUGUUCCGCAGCUGUACUAUCCGCUGCCGCCUGGCAGCAUCCGACUGCUACGUCUCAAUGCACAGGCCCCGAGUACGGAGGCUGGCGCUCUGCAGGUGGUACAACUGGGACAGACGCCCCCAUACUACUCUUUAAGCCAUUGCUGGGGAACGAAACCCCGGACUGCGCAAAUCCAAGUCGACGGGCAUACGCUAUCUAUCAGCCCAGACCUCGCAGCUUGUAUCUGGAGGUUGCGAGAACUCGCCGUCGAAGGUUCCGAAUUAGAAGCCCCUGUUAACUACAUCUGGAUCGACAAUAUCUGCAUCAACCAGGAUGAUAUCCCCGAGCGCUCGUCGCAGGUUGUCCUCAUGGGAGAGAUAUACUCGAACUCCAUCAAAACGCUGAUCUGGCUUGGCCCGCACUCUAACGCGGCUUCCUCCGCUUGGGGCUUGAUUGAUAAAGUCUACAACGCUUUCAGAAGUCAGUAUCCAGAAGCAGCAGCUCUGGCCGACAUUCCUGUGAAGGCAUACUCGGAUUUCUGGCAUUCCCGUUCCGAACUACCAGACUUGGAUGAUGAAUCGUGGAUUCACUUGAGCGAGGUACUAGAAUUGACAUGGUUCUCGAGAAUUUGGGUCGUUCAAGAAGUUGUUCUGUCUUCAGAGGAUCCCACAAUUGUUCAUGGCGAUCACUGCUACCCGUGGCACCGGCUUGCGUGGGCAGCAACUUGGCUGCGUCAGAAUGGGUAUGCGAGGCUCUCUCAAAUACCAGCAAUGGUAUUAAAUGUUGAUACGAUGGCCAACUUGCGGCGGUCACGAAGCAGGUGGCCCCUUGACGCGCUCAUGUCCAUUACGCAAACCAAGUUCCAAGCAACAGACCAGAGAGACAAAGUUUUUGCCUUACUAGGAAUCGCAGCGGAGUCUCAGGACCUUUCCAAGCUGCCAGAUCAGCUACGACCAGACUACAGCGUGGACGUGACUGAGAUAUACUACAAGGUUGCCCAGUUUCUCCUUGCACAAACUCAGUCUCUCGCUAUGUUGACUCGUGCCCGAGGAACGAAUUCCGGCCUGGAGGGAAGGUUCAAGAAAUACGACUUGGAUCUACCCUCAUGGACUCCAGACUGGAGCGAUAUUGACGGAUUUACCAGGGGAAUUCGAACCAGCUUUUCUUGCAUCCACUACUUAGAUACGUCAAAGCCUGUACGAUUGGGGUUCCCUGAGGAGUACAAUGCCUCGUCCGGGCUUGCACUCAAGCUCUUGUCAGGGCCGAACGAACCCGUCCUUCGCGUGAAGGGCAUGAAACUUGACCAGGUCACCCGAGUUGUCCCUUUCAACGACCGUAAUCUUUCCAAACAGGAGUUCGUUGGGAUAUUUCGCUCAAAAAUGCCGUUAGUUUUAAAGGAGACAAUGCCACUUUUGGUCGGGCGGGAUGUUCUUGCUUGGGCCACUGACUUGAUUAAAACGACUUCGGCAGGGCAGUAUUAUCUCAGUGGGCGGUUUUGGGAACAAGUCAUGAGCGACGGUCUAGCUUACCUGUACGAAAUACUGUCACAGGAUCAGGGACUAGCAUCAUUGUUCUUAUUUCAGGCAGGUGACGAUAAUGCCUUUGCGCAACUUAGGUCCUUCUCAGAAAGCGGGGUCUCUGAAGAGUACGCAGUAUUGGUGCGUAACUUUUGCUUUCACAGAUCUUUCUACGUGACAUCGACGGGAAGGAUGGGACUUGGACCAUCGGACACUCGUGUGGGGGACAACGUGUGUGUGAUCCCAGGUGGGGAUGUACCCUACGUCAUAAGACAGAAUGGAUCUCAGUGGUGUUUAGUGGGAGAGUCAUAUGUCCAAGGAUUAAUGGACUGUGAGGUUGCGCGAGGCCACGCAAAUGAGGAGGAGAUGCUGGAAUUUCGAUAA